GUUGUUUUGAGCGGCAUUUCAGUUAUGAAGCGCUGGACGCCUCAAACACACGGAGCAACCGAUCAGGAGGAAUAAAAAGCACGUACAGGUGGAGAUUUUUCACGUCGAAUGACUUCGACGGGAUCCAUUGCUGUGUAUCUAAGUUCAGGAUGAUGACAUCACAACAAUCAUGCUUAAGAUUUGUACUGGCCUGUAGAUGAUCUAACAAAGACCAUACUACAGCGAUGGAGGAUGCUAAUACUGCAGCGUUAGCAGAGAGGACACUGGGAAAUGACGUGGAUGCAGGAGAUACAAUUGGAAAGACGGAAACAUCACUAUCCUCAACAUUUCUACAGCCCGGUCAAGAUGAUGAAUGGAGUCACGCUCAGGCUGUUGCUUUAAGAACGGAAAAUGCUCCUCAUAUCGGCGUAAAGAGUGCUUCAACAACCGGUCAUAUUAACGUCACAUUGGAGAACGAGAACAUUUGGAGUCGUUUUCACAGCAUCGGCACCGAGAUGAUCUUAACCAAGCAGGGCAGACGCAUGUUCCCCUGUUGUCGCUUCCGUCUGAGAGGUUUAGACCCAAAUCUCAGGUUCUUCCUAGUUAUGGAUGUGAUGCCUUUAGAUGACUUCCGACACAAAUGGAACGGGACGUCAUGGGAAGUGGGCGGAACCAGUGAACCUCACAUCCAGGGUCCGGUUUGUCUUCAUCCCGAGUCUCCGGCUCUGGGUCGGCACUGGAUGGAUGGCCCGGUGUCCUUUUACAAAGUCAAGUUAGCACACAACUCUCUGGACCAGGACGGUUGUCUGGUGUUGCACCCCAUGCAGAGGUACCAGCCACGUCUUUACGUCGUUCCUGUUAGUGCGGGUCACGAGCGUGCCAUUCAGCUGGAAAGCCCCGAUGUUCACAUGUUUACCUUCCCUCAAACAGAGUUCUACGCGGUGACGAGCUACCAGAACCCACGGAUCACUCAGCUUAAAAUCGAAUGUAAUCCGUUCACGUUAGCUUUCAGAGUCAACGGCCAAAACUCUCGCCGCCUCCACAACAAACUCAAACUCGCUCUGACUGGCAGAACUCAAACGCAACUUCCUGUGCCGUCUCAUGCCACACACACUUGUAAUGAGACCUCGGAGAAUGAAGACCUCAGUUCAACACACACUCACCCUGAAUCUGAGUCUGAUAGAGAAGAAAACAUUGUAUCCGACAGGAAGAGAGUCUGUGAUCAGACCAGCAGCUGUGAGGAGGAACAGGUCACCAAACGCUUCAUGAGAGACGAAUCACAACCACACGAGCACGUGAAACCCACUGAACACACGAUGCCACAUGAGAUGCCACCAAGUUCUUCAGAACCUCACUGUCUGACCAGUUUAACUGAAAGUUUAGAACGUGACUCUGUGGAUGUGUUUGGUCCUCCAAAUGGCAUUCCCUCAACCCUUUCGCCGCUCUCUGCUUCCUGUAAACCGAAGCGUGCUUACUGUAGAUCCAAUCGUUGGAGAAAAGCGAGGAAAGCCAAGUCUAAAUGGUGGACUAAUGUGAAGUAUGCAAAACCUCCUGAUGUCAUGAGACCCGUUGACGUGUCCAUGCAGCCAGACCUGGAGGAUGUGGACGGCAUGCUGUUUGUGUCCUUUACUGCAAAGGAAGCUCUUGACAAUCAUGUUGGAAACACGAGGAAUCCUGUGGAAUCAUCGUCAUCAUCGAACACUGAAAAUCAAACACAGAUGUUGCAAAGUUGUAGUGAAGACGUGUCUUUAACAGUGCAGGAGAAGAUCUCCAACCAUGAGCUCAUGUUACUAGAACACCUGAAACAGGUGAAGAACCGACAGAUCAUUCAUCCAGUGCUGCAACAGGUUGGAAUGAAACUCAAUCUCCUGGAUCCUGCUGUACCCAUAGACUUACAGUAUCUCGGUGUGUUUGUACCUUUGCUUUCACUUGUUCACAGCGGUGCGGAAAACCUCACAUCAUCCCCUAAUGCUCCAUUCGUGUCGCGGACUGGCAAGACAAACGAUCCGAUCAGGAUAAAAGGCUGGAGGGAGAAGUUUACAUCAACGACUGUACAGAACUCAACUGAGAGUUCCGGCAACCAUUCAGCAUUUUUUUCAGACAUGUUGGAUGAAUAUCUCGAAACUGAAGCGCAGCAGAUCAGCGAGCGUGCCGCUGUCUUUUCAACAAGUGCUCCAUCCCCUGUUGCCUACCAGCUGCCCGCCAAAAGCAGCAGUUACGUCCGAACCUUGAAUAGUGUCCUUCAGACACGUAGCAUUCAACCAAACUCCCCCCAUUCAGGGAUCCAUAGAAAACUCACAAACAUGCUGCCAUCCAAAUCUUCCGUUAAAACGACUCCAGGAAACAUUCGUACUUCCUCAUCAAGACCCCAACAAUCCACCCCUUUAACCGUGGGUAAACGGUUGAGACGCAGCACCUCGUGCCAUUCGUUUCAGUACUAUUCAACGAUAUCAACCAGUAAAACCACAAAUCCCAGCUAUGUUUAUAAACGUAGAGUAGGUCGUCCUCGUAAGCAUCCACUGAAGUUGAACAUCCCUUGUCUGGAGGUCAGAGGGUGCAGUGAUGGUGGAGAGCAGUCGUCUUCUACAUCUGCUGAAAGCCACACAGAGAUGUUGCUACAGGAACAGGAAGCAGUCUUUCACGGCAACAGUCGCACUUGUGUCACCACUGAGAGGGCAAAGUUUGCGUUGAAUUCACUGGUGACCUUAGAAAAACGUGAGACGGCGCCGUUCAGCACUUCACACGUUUAUGAAGACGGUUGUGGUAAUGACUUCUGUCGACUGGGUUGCAUCUGCAAUAGUCUCUAUAGAAAACUGCGAGGAGACACACACUGCAGACGUGUUCAGUGUAUGUUCGGCUGCAGCUGUUUCAAGCACAAAGUGUUUCUGAUUCGCCCACCAGAUGUGAGCGAAAUGCUUAAUGGCAGGAGGAUGCCGCUGAUAGCUUAUCCGAUUGCUGACCCAGAAUUGGAGCCCAGACCAGAACCCGCUCCAAGAGUCACCAAACUGUGGAAGAGGACACCCAAAGAUUUUGACUCGGAGCCCAUCUUUAUACCCAAACAAGUUCCUGUUCGGAAAGAAAAGCCACGAUUACAUACCUACACUCCACGACCAAAUCCUCAGGUGUUGGAAAAAGACAAGGAUCCAGUGUAUAAGUACUUGGAAAGCAAGAUGACGUGCGCUCGUGUGCGAGAAUACAACAGUAAUCCACCACCUCAGGUGCACCUAUUUCCUGUCAAGAAAAAUGUUCGAGGAUCUGGUGAAGCGUUCAACGAAGAGUCCAGUCUGCAUCCCGCUAGAGGACAUGUGACAUCUCAAAGUACUGGCAAGAACUCCACAGACGUGCCAGAGCCCACUAAAGUUCUGGAAAUCCUUUCAGAGUGUAACUGGGAGGCCCGUCGGUCCCUGGUGCUUAAACAACUGUUCCAGUACAUCGAUAUGAACCACCACGCAUCCACUUUCUUUAUUGACACCUACAAAGUGCAGCUUCUCUCGACAGAGUUUAAAAACCAUGGGGCCAAUUCAAUGUUAAUCUAUAAGGUCUGUGUCUCUCUCGGGGAGAAAUCAGGAGCAACUGGUAAACCAAAUCCGGAGAAGAACAAAUGUCAAAUUACAGAGGAACCGUUACCCUUCAGAAAUUCUUCUGUUCAGCUUGUCAACACACUAGUUUCUAACCACAGUAAUAAUAACCUAGGCAUUAUUAAUUUUAACAUGGCGACAAAGACACCAGAGCGUUUUCCUCUUAUUUCUCGUAUCCUUCCCGCUGGUUAUCUGAAGGCUGAUAAGAAAACGUCUGUGCAUCCUGGCCAAAUUAAGGUCAAUGAUAAAACAUACUCUCAGGCAAAAUUACUCUUAGGUGAAAUGGGAGCUUUACAUCCAGCCAACCGCCUUGCGGCGUAUGUCACCGGCCGGCUAAAGCCACUGCAUCAGAAUCAGAUCAAGAGCAGAUUGGUUUCAGAAACACUCAAAACUCUCCCAUUCAGGACACCAGCGGAUAUCAAGGAAAAACUCAGAGAGACAAGUCGAUCAAAUCCAGCAGAACAAACCGGACCAACAAAUCAAAGAAUAGAAGCUUUCAUAACACCAGCUGCCAAACCUUCAGUGAUGCCCAAGGCUCCCAGUGGCACUAAUUGUACAUCGGCCAAAAUGCCAGACUCUCAGGCAAAACUACUCUUGGGCCAAAGGGGAACUUUGCAUCCAACCAAACGCCCUGCAGUAAAUAUCAAUGGCCGGCUAAAGCCAAUGCAUCAGAAUCAGAACAUGCGCAGAUGGAUUUUAAAUCCAGCUCCACCAACUGACUCCAUCACAAUCCCAACCCAGACAUUAACAGCAAACUAUAAAACCUCUAACACUGGACAAGUUCCCAACAUUGCCCCGAUCUCUGUACCUACUCCCAAUGCUGGUACUGCACCUCCAUCUACGCCUGAUACAGUCCUCCCUGCUGCUGCUCUGCCGCCUGGCCAGCAAGUAGUUCUGCAGCCGGUUGCAGGUAUGACGGGGGUAAACUUGUGCCAGUUUAAUGGCCAAACGAUACAACUAGUGCCUAUCCCUGAACCAUUACAGUCCCAAACCAGCUCCGACAGCAAAGGAAGCACUCAACAGAAACCACAAACUGCUCCUGGUCUACCUCAGGCUAUUCCUCAAGAAGCAGCACCUUCACACAAGGCUUUUGCUAAGCUGCUUCCAUUCAAUGCUCCUAAGAUCCUCUCUGCGACAGGAAAGACAAGCUUUACCUUUGUCAAUGGUGCUACAGCUCAGAGCGGUUUUGCUGGCAAGGCAGGAACAUUUUCCUUUAGAAUAUGCCCACCAUCUGGUGAUGGCAAGGCCAUGGGUCAUGACCAGACAGGAACACCUCCAGUGGCAGGAGCUGCUUCCACAUUAUUACUUCCCGGAGGCUAUAGAUUAAUAAAACUGCCCAUCAAUCCCUGUGUGAACUUUAUAAACUCUGAGAGUACCCCACCUGCUUCUGUACCACCUGGGUCACAACCGAUCGACAACUGCACCGAGAAACCCAUUCAAAGCGCAAAAGAAAGUAGCAAAGAUUGUGGAAGUACUUCUUCCCCUGUCCCAGAAUCAAACACUAAUGACCCUACACAAAUAGAUGCUGUCCGCUCCAGCAUGGCUCUUCCAAGUUCCGAAGGUGCUCAUGAACAAGUUUCUACACUAUAUAGUCACGAAACGGUCAGUAAUGCUGAAAUUAAGUCGGACAACUCUGCAAAAACUGGAGGAAAUGACUGGAUUCCCGAAGAUGUAUCAUCUGAGAGGAUGCUCAAAAAUGAUGACCGUGACCGAAAGUUAGCAGAAGAGGAUACAUUUAAAAAGUGGCCACCCAAAGGAGCCCAGCUAGUACUGUGGGAAGAUGAAGAGGAGCACGAAAAUGACAACUCGACCUCCAUUGGCACUGAACCCAGUUUUGAACAGAACGAUCAGCCCAUUGAAAGCAGUUCCACUAGUCAUGGUCGAAAAGAAGAUUGUGAGCCAACACAGACAAAUAUAGCCAGGUUCAACCAUGCAGAGGUUCCUAAUGAAGGUCCAACGAGACAUGAAUCCUCAGGUCCCAUUAAAACAGAACCAAGCGACAAUCCACCUGAGAGUUUAACCUCUAGUGCACCCAAUACACCCGACCUUGGGCCUCCAGUCGGCCUUAAAAUUGAGGCGUACAGCGGCUCAAAACAUACUGAAACUUUAUCCAAACCUCAUGACAUGACGUGUAAGAGCAACUCUGACCCUGUCAUCAAGAGUGAAUAUGUUAAUAACCCACCAAAUACAUGCACAUUAUUUUGUAACGCCCCUGAAAACACCAAACAUUACAUUAAAGUAGAACCGUAUGAUAAAACAUCAGAAAUGGACCAAUUCCCCCAUCACCCUGACAUCACUGAUACCGCCCAGAACCCAAAGACCAACACCCUUGUUCCUGAAGACUCUCUAUCCAGCUACCCAAACAUGGACGAACCGGUCCAAGACCCAGACAAUGAUUUACUGAUUCUCAAAGUGGAGGAAGUAGACAAUGACCCAAGUAAAUACUCUCCCGUUCAUAGUCCCGGGGAAACCCUUAAUGACCCAGGACAGGCCAACAAAUCAUCUCCCAUUUCUGAUGCUCAAUUCCCGAUAGAUGGGGAAUCUGAACUAGACAUUGGGAGGGAUUUUUCAAGCCCUUUAUUUGAGGGUCUGACCUCAGUUUCGGGUUUGCGUGUAGCAUCCUCAACACCGCGUUGCACAAAAAUCCCUUCACUUUGCAUUCAUGCAAAGCAAUUGCCACAAAACAAGCAAAAUACACUUGCACACAGAUUUGGUACACAUGUAAAUAACUGUGAUGCUGUAACCAGAGGGGCAAAACAAAGGGACAAACCUGGUGCUGGGUUACUUGAGGAGGCAGAGUUCUGGAAUCACCUCAAAUGGCCAUUCGGAGGAAAAGCUUUGAACUCGGGUUGCAAAGAUAUCGAAGGAGAUCCAAGUGAUGGUUCAGUUGAUGAACUGCUUUCAAGUUUUGAGGACUCCAGUAAUGCCUUCAUGUGCUCCAGUGAUAGCUGCACCACAGAGGACAGUGAUGAUUGGUAUAGUGACAAAGAUAUUGACAUCGAGAGAUUUGAGGAGAAUGAUGAGAACAUCUGCCGUUUGAGAGCGAAAGCAAGAAGGAAAGCAAAGAAAGCUGCUCUACACAGAUGGCUAAACAGUAGAAUGGACUAUCAUCCGGUGGAGCGCAUGUCGGAUCUGCCUCUGUACAAGCGGACGCGGCAUCUGAAUCAUACGGCAAGAAAACGGAAACAUCAGGAUGAAUUGCAGCAGUGUUUUGAUUCUUUGAAAAUGGCUCUGAACGUUGAAGACCGUGAUGAAAUAAACGAUCAACACAUUCUCACUCAGGCUCGUCAGAUGAUUGAAGCUCUUGAGGAGCGCAGCAGAUCUCUGAUGGAGAAGAAAAGAGCUUUGACUGAGAAACAUUCACAUUAUCAUGCCCUCAUCUCUCAGCUGUCUGGAUCUGCUUUACAACAGAAAACUAGAUGUCCGUCCUCGCCCCAAACUACACCAGAGACCGCUGCAUCCAACCAAUCGGUGGCAAAUAAACCCUUGCGUUUGCCCAGCAUAGUGCUGAUGUCAUUUAACCAGAUUUAGGAGCCUGUCGGCAGGAUGUGACAUCAUGAUCUCAAGACUCCAACAAAGACAAGCAGCUUUAUUAUAUCCGAAAGAGCAGCACUUCUGACGGGAAAUGGCCAACGUGUCUUAUAAAGCGAGAUGUGCUCAUUUAAAGCUGAUCACAUGAUGAAUAUUCCGGAGCAUCACCAGAGUCGUAUCCCCAAUUUAUCUGUGGGAUAUCAACACUUGAGAUCGUGUCUUUCAGUUCAAAGGAAAGCAUCACACUACAUCUGAACAUUGUUCUACAACAGUAAUGUGCGGUUUCAUUAGAAUAAUGUAUUAAUGUUACUCAGGAUAUGAAUUAUGACCUCAUAACCCCACAUUGGGGCGAUAUUCUAUGGAUUUUUCUUCAUUAGAAACAUUAUUGUACGACUGAAAUUAAUUACAGAUUUAUUGUCAUUGUCAUUUUUAAUCAUGCUCAUAUUUUGCAAUGCGUCUGUAAUUUAGGAUCACUGAAUUAAUACUAAAGAAAUCCUGACUGGCAUUUCUCGUGCUCGUAAAUAAAGUGUAAUGUAACAAAAU